AUGCAUCACACCUAUUCGAUGCGCCAGACCAAGGCGCCGACUGCCUCGCAACUCCAGAACCCUCCGCCCCCUCCGUCGUCGACAAAGUCUGGUCGUCUCCUCAAAGGCAGCUUUGGACAUGCCCUUCGCCGCAACGCCAGUGGUGCAUUUGGGCCCGACUUGGCCAAGAAGCUUUCCCAAUUGAUCAAGAUGGAAAAGAACGUGAUGCGAAGCUUGGAGACCGUCGCCCGCGAGCGAAUGGAGGUUGCCCACGGCCUCUCUACUUGGGGCGAGGCGGGCGACGAAGAGGUAUCCGACGUCACCGAUAAACUUGGUGUGCUCCUCUACGAAGUCGGCGAGCUCGAAGACGAAUACGUGGACCGAUACGAUCAAUACCGAAUUACGAUGAAGGCCAUUCGGAACAUCGAGGCGUCGGUCCAGCCCAGCCGUGACCGCAAGCAGAAGAUUAUGGAUCAGAUCGCCCAGCUCAAGUAUAAGGAGCCCAACUCUCCCAAGAUUGUAGUCCUUGAACAGGAGCUCGUGCGAGCCGAGGCCGAGUCUCUGGUAGCGGAAGCUCAGCUCUCCAACACCACUCGCGAAAAGUUCAAGGCUGCCUACACCUAUCAGUUCGAUGCCCUCCGUGAGCACUGCGAGAAGGUCGCUAUUAUCGCCGGCUAUGGAAAGCAUCUCCUGGAGCUUAUCGACGACACCCCUGUCACCCCCGGUGAGACUCGCCAGGCCUAUGACGGAUACGAAGCCAGCAAGGCCAUUGUUCAGGACUGUGAGGAUGCCAUCACCAACUGGGUCAUUUCGAACGCUAUUGUCACAUCCAAGCUCUCCACUCGGGCACGUACUCUGUCCCAGCGAUGUCGCAAUAACAUCCACGCUAGGGGCGAGGACUAUGACCUUUCUGGCCAGGAUGUACCUCUUAGCGAUGGCAGCUCCCGAACGGGCCGGGACCACGGUCUCGAAAAUGAAGAGGACAAGGAGGAUGCCCGGGGUUCCGCCAUGAACAGCAACGGGGGUGUGAACGGCGAGUCCCGUGAACGGACACAGGAAGCUGUCGCGGCGUAG